AUGUGUGGGCGCAUUGGACAAAUUAUUUUGGCGGCGCUGGCUCUAGUCAGUGUCGCUAGAUCCGCCUACAUCACCCCACAUAUUGUGGGCGGCGAUGAAGCAGAUAUAAAGGAUUAUCCAUAUCAAGUGUCAGUGCGCCUUGAUACGUACAUGCUUCUGCAUAUUUGCGGUGGAAGUAUCUACGCGCCACGUGUGGUGGUCACCGCAGCACACUGCAUCAAAGGACGGUUUGCCUCUUACAUUCGGAUUGUGGCUGGUCAAAAUUCCAUCGCUGAUUUGGAGGAGCAGGGCGUAGGUGUUACAAAACUAAUACCCCACAGUGGAUACAAUAAAAAAACGCACGUUAAUGAUGUGGGCUUGAUUAUAACGAAAGAACCAUUGGAAUACUCGGGCCAGAUUCAGCCCAUUCCAUUGGCUAAUACGUUGCCAGCCGCGGGAACACAUGCCCUUGUUAGUGGCUGGGGAAAACGUAGCAGCGAGGACGAAGUACUGCCAGCCAUGUUACGUGCAGUCGAAGUGCAAAUUGUUGAUACAAGUACUUGUAGUGCACAGUAUUUACUUAAGGAAUAUACCAUAACAGACGAAAUGAUGUGCGCUGGGAUGGAAGAAGGCGGCAAAGACACUUGUCAAGGCGAUUCUGGAGGUCCCUUGGUGGUAGAUGGCUCUUUGGUGGCCAUUGUGUCAUGGGGGGUUGGCUGCGGACAUGAAGACUUCCCUGGAGUGUACACAAGUGUUGUGCCUCACACUGCUUGGAUAGAAGAUCAAGCUCAUCCAUAUAUUUAAAUACAAUUUUAGAACAAAGCUGUUUUAAACAAAUCAAACGAACAAAUUAUGCGUGCAUACGUUUUAAAUGGAAUAAGGGAUUUUAAAUAAUAAAUAACACAAUACAAUCAUUAUUCGAAAA